AUGCCAUAAACUUCAUUAAGAAUAAAAUUCUUUUUACUUAUGCUGGCGCUCCUUUGUAGCCUUACUUUUGCAAAUCUACUCUUAGAUACUGUUCAUUUAAGAGAUUUAAAAAUCAUUAAUACAUAAACUUAAUUAACUGAAAAUGAUAACUCCUCUAGAAAUCUAUCAGGCAGUACUAUCAGAUUUACUUAUGAUGAUUAAUUAGUUUAGAAAUCUAAUAACCGUUUGCAUAUUAAAAUUAUUUAGGAUGCCUUGAAAAGUGCUUUCAAUUUUUAUGAGCAAUUUAUUUAAGUCAAAAAUCCUAUUCUUUCUGGCUUAGAAGUUGACUGCGAUUUUGAUUUAUUACCUGAUUUGUUUAAAAAGACUGUCUAUAACACUGACAUACACUUCAUAGUUGGUUUAGAUUAUGAUGAAGAUAGUUGGUUAGCAAGUGCAGGACCUUGUGGCUUGUAAAAAACAGACAAUAGACCAAUUAUAGGAUUUAUCAUAUAUAAUUAAAAAUAUUUGCCCUCCGAAGAUAAUGGAAGCUUUUCUAGCUUUGAAUAUGAUUAUCUAAUUAAAGUAACUAUCCAUGAAAUGUUUCAUGCUUUAGUAUUUCACGACGAUUUAUAUCAGUAUUACGUUAACUCAACUCCUGAAUAGUAUGGAAUAAACUUACAUAAAAAACCUUUUUUAGCAUUACCAGAAGUACUUUCUUUUACCUAAUAGCACUUUGGUUGCUCUGAUAUUAAAGAAGUGUAUCUAGAAGAUAUUAGCUUAGAAGGAACAGCUGGUUGUCAUUGGAAAAAAAGCCUAUUUUACUCAGAUUUAAUGACUGGUUUUUUAAAUUCAGGCGACGUAACAUGGAGCGGGAUCAAUAAUGCGCUACUCAAGGAUAGUGGCUGGUAUGAUGUUAAAAUGGAUUUUCAUGACAGAUUAUUUUGGGGUAAAGACAAAGGUUGUGAUUUCUAUUUUUAAACUUGCAAUGAAAAACCUCUGCCUAAGGAAUUUUGUGAUUUAUCAAACGAAAAAAAUAGCACUGGUUAUAACUAUGAAGGAUAUAAUUUUAAAUGCUAACCACUAUUCCCUAAUACUUGUCCUGUUUAAUAUUCUUUGAAUCAUACUUCUUGCUAUGGAAGAGUAGACAAACUUAAUUUAAUAGAGAAUACAAUGGAAAAUUUUGGAUCUUCUUUUGGAUGGAAUAGCAAAGCUGUUAUUAGUAGUCUAUCCCCUAAAAAUUCUCAUUUUGAGGUUGAUCCUUAAUAAAUCUAGUGUUAUCCAUAAGAAUGUAUCCAAAAAGGUGAUAAAAUUAGUAUACAUUUUACUAUUGGAAGCAAAAUAGAUAAAAUAUAAAAUGUUAUUUGUGAAGAAGAUGAUCAGAUUUUGACAGUAGAUUAAUACGAUGGCUAAUUAAUCUGUCCAAAAAUAAAUAAUUUUUGUAAAUAACAAUUUAUUUGCAAAAAUCACUGCAAUGGAAGAGGUUUUUGCAUGAAUCAAACUUGUAUUUGUGCUAAAGGAUACUCAGGCGAAGACUGCUCUAUCGAUAAUUCAAAUUAAGAAGAAGAAUAAUAAAUUUUAGAUGCAAAUUGUAAUUCUUAUGAUGAUAAAAAUGAAUGCAUAAAUUGUUAAAAGGGGUUUUAAUUGAUAGGUGGUUCUUGCUAAAAGACUUCUUAGCAAAUUCUGUUAAUUUAAAUAUUUAUCAUAGCUUUCUAUUUAAUCUUAAUUUGA